AUGACUUCAAAUGUCUUCAACAUGUUUAACCAGCAACAGAUUCAGGAAUUCAAUGAAGCCUUCAAGUUCAUCGAUCAGGACAAUGAUGGAAUAAUCAGCUUCGAAGAUGUGCGGGAAAUCUUCCUCUCCCUUGGAAAAGAACUGAGCGAAGAUGAAGUUCAGAAAAUGGUCGAAGAAGCCCCCGGUCCCAUCAAUUUCACAAUGUUCUUGACCCUUCUUGGCCAAAAGAUGCGAGAGACCGAUCCACUCGACACGCUUGAACAGGCGUUUUCUUGUCUUGAUGAGAACGGAACUGGGAGACUUCAUCGAUCUGACUUUGAAUUUAUGAUGAUGAAUAUUGGAGAUCGCUACAAUCAGCAACAGUUUGAUGAUCUUCUCAGAGAUGUUGAAGUUGCUGAAGAUGGGACUUUUGAUUACAAGGAAUUGGCCCGAGUCAUGAAAUAUGGAAAUGCCGAAUUAUGA